AUGCCCAAGUGUGAAGCCAGUCAGACCAGACAGUUUCUGGAUCCAGUGCAGGGACUUCUGGUCAGGGUCAUAGGAGUUUUGCUCGUCUCUGGUGCUCACAACUUUGACUUCUCCAGGUCUUUGUCAAAACCUCGGUUGGGGAUCCUCAAGAAUAACAGCCUGAGGAAGAUGGUGUUGCUGUCUGACACUGUGUCCCCAGUUUUACAUAUUCAACAAGACAUUGUGGGGGAAGCUUUCUGGGAUAUCCAGGCUGUGUGGAGGAGCUCAGAGGCAUGUGUGCAGGUCUUUGUCAAAGCCUUGGUGGGGAUCCUCAGGAAUAACAGCCUGAAGAAGAUGGUGUUGCGCCAUCUGACACGCUGUCCACAGGAUGUAGUGACAUUCUCCCAUGUGGCUGUGAGUUUCAGCCCAGAAGAGUGGACAUGCCUGGAUGCCUCUCAGCGAAAGCUCUACAAGGACGUGUUGCUGGAGACCUACCAGCAUCUGUGGGCCGUUGAAACCCUCAGUGGACAGAAUUUCCAGGAUUGUCAGCAGUGUGGACAAAAGUUGAGUCAAAAGUUACCCUGUGGUGACCAUACUUCUAUCAAAGCAGAAGACAAACCACAUUCAUGUGAAGAAUGUGGGAAGGUCUUCCGACUUGAGAUGAUCAAGGACUGCACCUCUGUCCAUGUGUCUCUGGACACAGGAGAGCCAUGUCGUAUCCCCAACUGUAAAGCAGUUUCUCAGGCCUCUGAGCUCCUCUCCCUGGGUCUAUCUUACUACUCGGGAGCAGAUGGGGACGCAUUGACCUUCUCCGAUGUGGCCGUGAACUUCACCCAGGAAGAGUGGACAUCCCUGGAUGCCUCUCAGCGAAAGCUCUACUGGGACAUGAUGCUGGAAACCUACCAACACCUGCGAGACGUUGAAAUCCACGUGCAGCUUCAGGAUGUGGCGCUUCCACAGUUUGAUUUGGGAAAGGGAUCAUCUAAUUUGAGUCAGCUGGAAGAGAGUGACCUCACUCCAAAGAAACCCUCCCCUGGGAGAAGCUUCUCACAGUCUGUUCUGCACAAACCUCGAGAACAAACCAACCCAGUGGCUCAGUCCACGGACUGUGGGAGAGUAGCACUGUUUAUAGUGAGUCCUUCAGGACGAAAGGCCCAGAAGCAAAUCAAUGAUGUACUGAAUCCGUCCAAGUGUAAAAAUUGUGAGGGAGCUUUCCCAUGUCCUUGGCACUAUGGUGUUCCUUUAGAAAACCUCAGUGGACAGAAUUUCCAGGAAUGUCAUCAGCUUGGACAAGAGUUGAGUCAAAAGUUACCGUGUGUUGACCAUAUUUCUAUCAAAGCAGAAGACAGACCACAUUCAUGUGAAGAAUGUGAGAUUGUCCUUCGUCGAUCUUCAGACCUUAUCAUACAUAGGACAGUUCACACUGGAGAGAAACCUUUUGUUUGUAAGGAAUGUGGAAAGACCUUUUGUCAAUCCUCAGAACUUAUUGUACAUAGGACAAUUCACACUGGAGAGAAACCUUAUGUUUGUAAGGAAUGUGGGAAGGCCUUCAAGCGAUCCUCACACCUUAUUGAACAUAGGAGAGUUCACACUGGAGAGAAACCUUUUGUUUGUAAUGAAUGUGGAAAGGCCUUCUGUUGGUCCUCAAACCUUAAUAACCGUAAGAGAAUUCACACUGGAGAGAAACCUUAUGUUUGUAAGGAAUGUGGGAAGGCCUUCUGUCGAUCCUCAUACCUUAUUGAACAUAGGAGAGUUCACACUGGAGAGAAACCUUUUGUUUGUAAGGAAUGUGGAAAGGCCUUCUGUCGAUCCUCAAGCCUUAAUAACAAUAAGAUAAUUCACACUGGAGAGAAACCUUAUGUUUGUAAGGAAUGUGGGAAGACCUUCUCUCAAUCAGGGAACCUUAUCGUACAUAGGAGAAUUAACACUGGAGAGAAACCUUUUGUUUGUAAGGAAUGUGGAAAGGCCUUCAAGCGAUCUUUACACCUUAUUGAACAUAGGAGAGUUCACACUGGAGACAAACCUUUUGUUUGUAAGGAAUGUGGGAAGGCCUUCAGGCAAUCCUCACACCUUAUUGAACAUAGAAGAGUUCACAGUGUAGAGAAACCUUUUGUUUGUAAGGAAUGUGGAAAGGCCUUCAGGCAAUCCUCACACCUUAUUGAACAUAGAAGAGUUCACAGUGGAGAGAAACCUUUUGUUUGUAAGGAAUGUGGAAAGGCCUUCAGGCAAUCCUCACACCUUAUUGAACAUAGAAGAGUUCACAGUGGAGAGAAACCUUUUGUUUGUAAGGAAUGUGGAAAGGCCUUCUGUUGGUUCUCAAACCUUAAUAACCAUAAGAGAAUUCACACUGGAGAGAAACCUUAUGUUUGUAAGGAAUGUGGGAAGACCUUCUCUCAAUCAGGGAGCCUUUUUAAUCACUCUAAAAUUCAUAGUAAGGAGAGACCUCGUAAAUGUCAGAAAUGUGGGUAGGCUUUCAAUCUGCAUUCACGCCUUACACGCCAUAUGAAAAAUCAUACGGGAGAGAAACCUUAUAAGGAAUGUGGGGAGGCCUUCAAAUUCUCAUCAUCCCUUUCUAAUCAUAGAAAUAAUCAUACUGGAGACAAACCACAUUCAUGUGAAGAAUGUGGGAAGGUCUUCUGGUAUUCCUCACACCUUAUUAACCAUAGAAGAAUUCACAGUGGAGAGAAACCUUUUGUUUGUAUGGAAUGUGGGAAGGCCUUCUGUCAAUCCUCAAACCUUAUUCAACAUAGGAGAAUUCACACUGGAGAGAAACCUUUUGUUUGUAAGGAAUGUGGGAAGGCAUUCAGUCAAUCCUCAAGCCUUAUUGUACAUAGGAGAAUUCACACACUGGAGAGACUGUAUGUUUGUAAAGAAUGUGCAAAGGCUUUCUGUGGAUCCUCAGACAUUAUUGUACACAGGAGAAUUCACACUGGAGAGAAACCUUUUGUUUGUAAGGAAUGUGGAAAGGCAUUCAGUCAAUCCUCAAACCUUAUUGUACAUAGGAGAAUUCACACUGGAGAUAGACCUUAUGUUUGUAAGGAAUGUGGGAAGGCCUUCCGUCAAUCCUCACACCUUAUUCUACAUAGGAGAGUGCACACUGGAGAUAAACUUUAUGUUUGUAAGGAAUGUGCGAAGGCUUUCUGUGGAUCCUCAGACCUUAUUGUACACAGGAGAAUUCACACUGGAGAGAAACCUUAUGUUUGUAAGGAAUGUGGGGAGGCCUUUCGUCAAUCCUCACACCUUUUUAACCAUAGGAGAAUUCAUACUGGAAAGAAAACUUUUGUUUGUAAGGAAUGCGGAAAGGCCUUCAGUCGAUCCUCACACCUUAUUCGACAUAGGAGAAUUCACACUGGAGAGAAACCUUUUGUUUGUAAGGAAUGUGGAAAGGCCUUCUGUCGAUCCUCAAACCUAAUUGAACAUAGGAGAAUUCACACUGGAGACAGACCUUAUGUUUGUAAACAAUGUGGGAAAGCCUUCUAUCGAUCCUCAUCCCUUAUUAUACAUAGGAAAAUUCACACUGGAGAGAAACCUUAUGUUUGUAAGGAAUGUGGGAAGGCCUUCUGUCAUUCUUCACACCUUAUUGUACAUAGGAGAAUUCACACUGGAGAGAAACCUUAUGUUUGUAAGGAAUGUGGGAAGGCUUUCUGUGCAUCCUCAUACCUUAAUGUACACAGGAGAAUUCACACAGAAGAGAAACCUUAUUCAUGUGAAGAAUGUGGGAAGACCUUUCGUCGAUCCUCAGACCUUCUUCGACAUAGGCGAAUUCAUACUGGAGACAGACCUUAUGUUUGUAAGGAAUGUGGGAAGGCCUUCUGUCAAUUUUCACACCUUAUUGUACAUAGGAGAAUUCACAGUGGAGAGAAACCUUUUGUUUGUAAGGAAUGUGGAAAAACCUUUUGUGGAUCCUCACAACUUAUUUCUCAUAGGAGAAUUCACACUGGAGAGAAACCUUUUGUUUGUAAGGAGUGUGGAAAGGCUUUCUGUCAAUCCUCACACCUUAUUUCUCAUAGGAGAAUUCACACUGGAGAGAAACCUUUUGUUUGUAAGGAGUGUGGAAAGGCCUUCUGUCGAUCCUCAAACCUUAUUUUACAUAGGAGAAUUCACACUGGAGACAGGCCUUAUGUUUGUAAGGAAUGUGGGAAGGCUUUCUGUGCAUCCUCAGACCUUAUUGUACACAGGAGAAGUCACACUGGAGAGAAACCUUAUGUUUGUAAGGAAUGUGGGGAGGCCUUCAACUGUGCCAGUUGCCUUAUCCAGCAUGAGAGAAUUCAUACUGGAGAGAAACCUUUUGUUUGUAAGGAAUGUGGGAAGGCCUUCUGUGAAUCCUCAAACCUUAUUCGACAUAUAAGAAUUCACACUGGAGAGAAACCGUUUGUUUGUAAGGACUGUGGAACGGCCUUCAGUCGAUCCUCAGACCUUAUUGUACAUAGGAGAAUUCACACUGGAGAGAAACCUUUUGUUUGUAAGGAAUGUGGGAAGGCCUUCUGUCAAUCCUCAAACCUUGUUAAUCAUAGGAGAAUUCAUACUGGAGAGAAACCUUUUGUUUGUAAGGAAUGUGGAAAGGCCUUCUGUGAAUCCUCAAACCUUAUUCGACAUAUAAGAAUUCACACUGGAGAGAAACCGUUUGUUUGUAAGGACUGUGGAACGGCCUUCAGUCGAUCCUCACACCUUAUUGUACAUAGGAGAAUUCACACUGGAGAGAAACCUUUUGUUUGUAAGGAAUGUGGGAAGGCCUUCUGUCAAUCCUCAAACCUUAUUGAACAUAGGAGAAUUCACACUGGAGAGAAACCGUUUGUUUGUAAGGACUGUGGAACGGCCUUCAGUCGAUCCUCACACCUUAUUGUACAUAGGAGAAUUCACACUGGAGAGAAACCUUUUGUUUGUAAGGAAUGUGGGAAGGCCUUCUGUCAAUCCUCAAUCCUUAUUGAACAUAGGAGAAUUCACACUGGAGAGAAACCUUUUUUUUGUAAGGAAUGUGGAAAGGCCUUCUGUCAGUCCUCAAAUCUUAAUAAGCAUAGGAGAAUUCACACUGGAGAGAAACCUUAUAUUUGUAAGGAAUGUGGGGAGGCCUUCAAAUUCCGAGCCUCCCUUUCUUAUCAUAGAAAAAAUCAUACUGGAGACAAACCACAUACAUCUGAAGAAUGUGGGAAGGUCUUCCAUCAAUCCUCACACCUUAUUCAACAUAGGAGAAUUCACACUGGAGAGAGACCUUAUGUUUGUAAGGAAUGUGGGAAGGCAUUCAGUCGAUCCUCACACCUUAUUCAACACAGGAGAAUUCACACUGGAGAGAAACCUUAUGUUUGUAAGGAAUGUGGGGAGGCCUUCACUCAUUCACGGUACCUGACAAAGCACAGGGGAAUUCAUGGUGUAAAGAAACCUCAUCAAUGUCCGACAUGUGGGAAGUCCUUCCCUCUAAGCUCCUCCCUUAUUAAACAUAUAAAAUUUCAUAGUGAAGAGAAACCUCAUCAGUGUCAGACAUGUGGGAAGGCCUUCACUCUACACCCUAACCUUACUGUGCAUAUGAGAGUUCAUACUGGAGAGAAACCAUAUGUAUGUCAUUGUGGGAAGGCCUUUAAUAGUUCCUCAAAGCUUUCUCAACAUAGGAGAAUUCACACUGGAGAGAAACUAUAUAUAUGUAAGGAAUGUGGGGCGGGCUUCAAAUUCCCAUCAUCCCUGACUAAACAUAGAAAAAAAUCAUUCUGGAUGACUUGA